GGGCCGGAGCGGCGCCCCGGCCGCCCGCGCCGGGUCUCCCCCAUGGUGCAGCGGGGUUCGGGAUGUCGAAGACCCUGAAGAAGAAGAAGCACUGGCUCAGCAAGGUGCAGGAGUGCGCGGUGUCCUGGGCCGGGUCCCCGGGCGACUUGGGCGCCGAGAUCCGGGGCGGCGCGGAGCGUGGCGAGUUCCCCUACCUGGGGCGGCUCCGCGAGGAGCCGGGCGGGGGCACCUGCUGCGUCGUCUCCGGCAAGGCGCCCAGCUCCGGGGAUGUGUUGCUGGAGGUGAACGGGACGCCUGUCAGCGGGCUCACCAACCGGGAUACCUUGGCUGUCAUCCGCCACUUCCGCGAGCCUGUCCGUCUCAAGACUGUGAAGCCAGGCAAAGUCAUUAAUAAAGAUUUGCGACAUUACCUGAGUCUUCAGUUUCAGAAAGGAUCAAUUGACCACAAACUGCAGCAAGUGAUCAGAGAUAAUCUCUACUUGAGAACCAUUCCAUGCACUACAAGGGCCCCCAGGGAUGGGGAAGUACCAGGGGUGGACUAUAAUUUCAUUUCUGUUGAGCAGUUCAAAGCACUGGAAGAGAGUGGAGCGUUGUUAGAAAGUGGAACGUAUGAUGGAAACUUCUAUGGAACUCCUAAACCUCCAGCAGAACCCAGCCCUUUCCAACCAGAUCCGGUUGAUCAGGUCCUCUUUGAUAAUGAGUUUGACACAGAAUCCCAAAGGAAACGAACUACAUCUGUCAGCAAGAUGGAAAGAAUGGACAGCUCUCUUCCUGAAGAGGAAGAGGAUGAAGACAAAGAAGCUAUUAAUGGCAGUGGAAAUGCAGGUUUCCACAAUACCAAGACAACCACCUGGUUGGAUCCCCGUCUUUGUAAGAAAGCCAAAGCCCCUGAAGACUGUGAAGAUGGAGAACUUCCUUAUGGUUGGGAGAAAAUAGAGGACCCUCAGUAUGGGACAUACUAUGUUGAUCACCUUAACCAGAAGACCCAGUUUGAAAAUCCAGUGGAGGAAGCCAAAAGGAAAAAACAGUUAGGACAGGCUGACAUUGGGUCUUCAAAACCAGAUGUGGACAAAUCACACUUUACUCGAGAUCCAUCCCAGCUUAAAGGUGUCCUUGUUCGAGCAUCACUGAAAAAAAGCACAAUGGGAUUUGGUUUUACCAUUAUUGGUGGAGAUAGGCCUGAUGAGUUCCUACAAGUGAAAAAUGUUCUGAAAGAUGGUCCUGCCGCUCAGGAUGGGAAAAUUGCACCAGGUGAUGUUAUUGUAGACAUCAAUGGCAACUGUGUCCUUGGUCAUACCCAUGCAGAUGUUGUCCAGAUGUUUCAAUUGGUACCUGUCAAUCAGUAUGUAAACCUCACUUUAUGUCGUGGUUAUCCACUUCCUGAUGACAAUGAAGACCCUGUUGUAGACAUUGUUGCUGCUACCCCUGUCAUCAAUGGACAGUCAUUAACUAAGGGAGAGACUGGCAUGAAUACUCAGGAUUUUAAGCCAGGAGCAAUGGUUAUGGACCAGAAUGGAAAACUGGGACACACCCUGACCAGUGAUCGUCUCAAUGGACCGUCAGAUCCGAGUGAGCAGAGAGCAUCCAUGGCAUCAUCAGGCAGCUCCCAGCCUGAACUGGUGACUAUCUCUCUGAUUAAGGGCCCUAAAGGCUUUGGGUUUGCAAUUGCCGACAGCCCAACUGGACAGAAGGUGAAAAUGAUAUUGGAUAGCCAGUGGUGUCAAGGUCUUCAGAAAGGGGAUAUAAUUAAGGAGAUUUACCAUCAAAAUGUGCAGAAUUUAACACAUCUCCAAGUGGUAGAAGUGCUAAAGCAGUUUCCAGUAGGUGCAGAUGUACCUUUGCUUAUCUUAAGAGGAGGUCCUCCUUCACCAACUAAAACUACCAAAAUGAAAACAGAUAAAAAGGAAAAUUCAGGAAGUUUGGAGGCCAUAAAUGAGCCUGUUCCCCAGCCUAUGCCUUUUCCACCCAGCAUUAUCAGGUCAGGAUCCCCGAAAUUGGAUCCUUCUGAGGUCUACCUGAAAUCUAAGACUUUAUAUGAAGAUAAACCACCAAACACCAAAGAUUUGGAUGUUUUUCUUCGGAAACAGGAAUCCGGGUUUGGCUUCAGGGUGCUAGGAGGAGAUGGACCUGACCAGUCUAUAUAUAUCGGGGCCAUCAUCCCUCUGGGCGCAGCUGAGAAAGAUGGUCGGCUCCGUGCUGCUGAUGAACUGAUGUGCAUUGAUGGAAUUCCCGUUAAAGGGAAGUCACAUAAACAAGUCUUGGACCUAAUGACGACUGCUGCUCGAAAUGGCCACGUGUUACUAACCGUCAGAAGAAAGAUCUUUUAUGGUGAGAAACAACCUGAGGACGACAACUCUCAAGCCUUCAUUUCAACACAGAAUGGAUCUCCCCGCCUGACCCGAACAGAGGUCCCAGCCAGGCCGACUCCCCAGGAAGCCUAUGACGUUGUCCUGCAAAGAAAAGAGAAUGAAGGAUUUGGCUUUGUCAUCCUCACCUCCAAAACCAAGCCACCUCCAGGAGUUAUUCCUCAUAAGAUUGGUCGAGUCAUAGAAGGAAGUCCUGCUGGUCGCUGUGGAAAACUGAAGGUUGGAGAUCAGAUCUCUGCAGUUAAUGGGCAGUCUAUUAUUGACCUGUCCCAUGACAACAUUGUUCAGCUGAUCAAAGAUGCCGGUGUCACCGUCACACUGACGGUCAUUGCUGAAGAAGAGCAUCAUGGUCCACCAUCAGGAACAAACUCAGCCAGGCAAAGCCCAGCCCUGCAGCACAGGCCCAUGGGACAGUCACAGACCAACCACAUACCUGGGGACAGAAGUGCCCUAGAAGGUGAAAUUGGAAAAGAUGUCUCCACUUACAGACACUCGUGGUCUGACCAUAAGCACCUUGCGCAGCCUGACACGGCAAUGAUUUCAGUUGUAGGCAGUCGGCACAGUCAGAGCCUUGGCUGUUACCCAGUGGAGCUGGAGAGGGGGCCCCGGGGCUUUGGGUUCAGCCUCCGAGGGGGAAAGGAGUACAACAUGGGGCUGUUCAUCCUGCGUCUUGCUGAGGAUGGUCCUGCCAUCAAAGAUGGCAGAAUUCAUGUUGGUGACCAGAUUGUUGAAAUCAAUGGGGAACCUACACAAGGCAUCACACAUACUCGAGCAAUUGAGCUCAUUCAGGCCGGUGGAAAUAAAGUUCUUCUUCUUUUGAGGCCAGGAACCGGCUUGAUACCUGACCAUGGUGAUUGGGAUAUUAAUAAUCCUUUGGCUUCAAGUGUGAUUUAUGAUGAACAGUCACCAUUUCCCCCAUCUUCACAUUCUGCUUCCAUAUUUGAAGAGUCUCAUGUACCAGUAACUGAAGAAUCUUUAACGAGAGUUCAGAUAUGUGAAAAGGCAGAAGAAUUGAAGGACAUUGUGCCUGAAAAGAAAAGCACUUUGAAUGAAAACCUGUCUGAGAUAAAGCAUCAGUGUGUAGUCCAGAAAAAUGUGAAUAAGAGGGAUCCACCCAACAGUCAUGAGCACAGUGGGAAGAAAAAUCUAUUAAAAGUAGAAAAUGGUGUUACACGAAGAGGUAGAUCAGCUAGUCCCAAAAAGUCAGCCAAUCGAUAUUCAGAGGAACAUCUGGAAAAGAUUCCAGGUCCUCUAAAAAAUGACCCCAAAAGAAGACCCAGAGAGCGAUCCCUCAGCCCCAGGAAAGGGGAGAACAGGAGUUGUCAGGUCAGCACCAGAGAAGGUUCUGGACAAGAUCAUUGCAGGAGAGGCCGAGGACGGUCUUCUAGCCCAAGAAAGCAGCAAAAAAGUGAAGGAAGCAAAGACCAACCAAAUGCUGACGCCAGAUUAUUAGAGGGUGAGAUUCGACGAGCAGGGGGCCGUGCUAGUGACAAUGCUGAGCAGAUCCAGGAUGGGAAAGAAAAAUCAGGUGUCAUCAGGAAAGAUAUAAAGCAGAGUCAGUCUGGAAAAAAUAGAACAGGGUCUCCAGAGAAAAAAAGCAAGCGACUGGAUGAAAAGUCUCUUCCAUCCAAAAAGGCUAAUAACACUAUUAGUCGAGUAGUAUCUGAAAACGAAAAAGGAAAAAAAGCAACCUUAGGAGAAAUAAGUUCUAGCAAAGAUAAAAUAGGAGAAAAUGUCAAAAUAUCAGAAAAGAAGCUGAAGCAGGAACCUGAGGAAAGAACAAUUUUAAACAAAAUAGAAGAUCACAAAGGGAAAGAACUAGAGGCAGCUGACAAAAACAAAGAGGAUGGAGGGCUCAAACCUGAAAGCAGUUCUCCGGUUAAGAAAACACCGAUAACUCCAGGGCCCUGGAAGGUGCCAAGUGCAAAUAGAGUCACGGGCACCGGUGUGGCCGAGAAACGGCUGUGACCUUUAGUCUAAAACAAAGAAAAACAAGUUUUAACCUUUUCUUACUAAAAAGCAGCAUUUUAAAAACAAAAGUCAUUUUUUUCCGGAAUUCUUACACACACGUAAGUACAUUUUAAUUUGAGCAUCAAGUUUCCUAGGCUGCAUGAAGGGCCUUUAGGAUUGCUGAGAACCAACCGUCCCCUGGCUGGCUGCCCGCCUCGCACUCAGGAAGGAGCUGCAUCUGUGCGCUCAUCUGACAUGCCCUGCUCAGGCUGCCCAGCCCGUCUUCUUGAGUGUGUGAACAAAUGACCCAUGUUGAUACUGACAAUGUGAUCACAACUUACUUUGUAUUUGUGCCAAGCUAUCUACUGUACCAUGUCUGUUUUAUCCUUCUCACGCAGAUAUUUCCACUAAUGAAAAAGCUCAGUUUGGCCUGGAAGUUGAUAUUCUCAAUAGCAUGUUGCAUGUUUACAGAAAGAAAUAUUUGAGUCCUUGCAGAAGAAGAGAUUGUUAGCUUACCAUUUAAAGAUGGCAGUUGCCUCUUCUAACAGCUACUGACAACGUCCCAGUUUAAAAAUACAACCCCCCAAACAUCACUACUUUAAAGAAAAAAAUAUAGGCAGACACUGAUGCUUUCUUAUGGCUUUUUAUUUCAAUUUGGUUUGAAUAAAGUGUUUUGAAUAACUGCUGAAGAUGUUACUUACAAUUGAAUGUUCAAAAUGAGGAAGUGCUUUAAGCAAUAAAGAAUUCACCUCCUGUUAUUGUUAUCCAACCUUGAUGUAGUUACAGAGUCUCAGAUAACCCUACUCUGGUUCAGCUAUUUCAUUACAAAACCAUGAAAAAGCAUGUGGAAGUACUUACUGCUCUUAGAACUAAAAAUACCCAGUUGCUAUUUCUGGAUAUUUUGGCCAUACCUACUACUAAAGUCAUUAGUCUUAGUACCUGUACAGAGAUUGUGUAAGGGACUUAAUCAUGAAACUAGUCUCAGAGCCCCUUGCCAGAUAAAGUAUCACCUCAGCCGGUAGCAGCCGCACACAUUUGGGUGUUUAGAAGCAGAACCUGUGUGAGGCCUCCCCAGCAAGGACAAAAUGGAUCUUAUUUAAUUUCUAGCUACAUUAAUCACUUUCUUGUUUAAAAGCAAGAAGGGGAGACUAAACAUCUGCUUAGUGUAUACAAAUUUUCCAAGCUUUUUUUUUUUGUUGUUGUUAAAGUCUAAUUAAAAUUAAAUAUAUUUGUGGAAAGGUAGAGACAGUUUUUAACUCCAUAAAAUAGAUCCAGGUCUUUCAGUCUCCUGGUACAGCAUUCAGUGGCAUCUAUAAAUAAAGCAACAUUCUCAGAAUAAAACCAUUUUAUGGAGUGUUUGAACAUACUUGUUCUGUCCCCCUGGGUUCAUCUUGUUACUGUGAAACACAUUCUGUCUAGGUCCCUCCCUCUCGGAGUCUGACUGUGAAACCAUUUAAUAUAACAACUCAGUCAAUCCCUGUAGAUAAGACAUGCUUCCCAGAGUGAGAUUUUUGAAAUCCUUUUUUCAUCCAGAACUAUAUUCACCCACCUAUUGUAACUACUUGAAUAGAGCAAAAUUAGGAGGCUUGAUAAAUGCUAAGAAUUUAGUACCACAGAAAUGAUUUAUUUUCCCUAUAGUCCACAAUUAGUGAUACAAAUCCUAUUUUUCUUGUUACCUGUGACAUAACUUUGAUGUCAUAUGUGUUAGUCUGAUGUGGCUCUUCCUUUCUAACUAACCUGUCACUGUACUAAUUAUAUACUGACUUAGCAAUGUGGCCUUGGAAUGCUAAGCAAAAUAUGGAUGUACUGGUUGUAAAUGUUUAUAUAUUGUACAGUACCUUUAUAUAUACACUUGAGGUUCUGAUUAGAGAAAGAUCUGUAAAUCGCUCGUUAUUUUUUAUAUAGAUAUUAAAACAAAACAAAAACAGUUCUUGGCCUUCCUUUCUUUCACUGUUAGAUUCGUUUAAUAUGCUUUCUAUUUGUGGAGGUAGUUCCCAUCAUGGUCUCAGUCCUCAAAUAGAUUUUGUCCCUCCAAGUAACAAACAUUCAAAGUUCUACAAUAAGGAAGACUCUUAUAAUGAUGACUUUAUUUGUAUAGCUACACUUUUAUCAAUAUGUAAAGCCUGAAACUGGUUUGAAUUAAAUAUCACUAUACCUAACUUAUUUUAAACUUUUCAUUGUAAAGAAAAUAGCUGUGCAUAAAUAAUUCACUACCAGAAUCCUUUCUUACAUUGUCAGGGAGAGAAGUCUUGUUUUGUUGGAAAUUCAAUUACUAGACAUUUAUAAUGGAUAUAGUGUAAGUCCAUUUACCACAAGGUCACAAAAUUCUAUUUCAUCAGACUAUGGCAAUUCAUAUGAUUUUUAAAUGUCAUUUACUCCAGAUUAUACUUGUUUUAA